AUGUGGCGUUGGUUCACCUACGAGGAAGAGUACCCGGGAGAAGAGUCGAAACAUGAUCCAAACAACGUACUCGCACUCCAAACCAGCAGCAACAGCGGGCGGCUUUCCGCCCAAGCGCCGCAUGGCGACAGUAGCAGUAAUAGCGGCAUCGACAGCGACUCAGACGUGGCACCGACGUUCGACAAGCUGGACCCGUCAGUGACUGCUGCAAUACUGGCCCAGGCUGCGUUUCGAGGCUACCGCCUGCGUGAGCGCCUACGCCGCCUGCCCGCGAGGGAGGCGGAGAAGCACAUAUUGGGCUUGUACAACAACGCUCGCGGCUUCCGGCGGGUGGGCCUCUUCUUGCUGUUUUCCGGGUUGUACUUCGCCUUGGUCUUCUACGGAGUCGACGUGUCUUUCCAGCGCUCUGUGCAGCAGGCGCUGAGGGAUCAUGUUGCUGGGGUUAAGUACGGUCCGGAUCUGGACAAGACCCACCAUGACGUCGCCUCCCUCGCGGAUGUUCACCAGUGGGUUCAGGCCUUUUUCCUGAAGACUUACGACGGCACGCAACUGGAGCACCCUUGUACACCUUGCGCCAUCAAGCCCCCUGACGAUGUCUGUGAUGCCUGCGACUUCACUCCCUUAUACGAAAUGUUCGCCAAUGAUUCGGAUUCUUCUGCCGCCGACAAUGUCGGCUCCCAAGGGGAACCCAGCCCUGGCGAUGGGGUAGCAGCGGCUUGGAAUGGCCGCAGGAAGGUGGCGGCUGCUUCCAGCUACAGCAGCAGCACCACCACCACCACCUCCACCUCUUUUGGCAUUUCUGAGGAGUGUGUGCAGUGCCUGAUCGCGCUCAACUGCGUCGGCGAUUUACUACAGAAUUGCCAAGAGGUUCUAGGGCUACCCUACUCCAACACCACCGCCUCUUCGUCCACAACAACGUCGGAGGCGGCGGCGGCCAAUUUCUCGACUCUUUUGGAGGAACUAGAUCUUGAGCCCUCGGGCGGGGUUCGGGCCUCCGGAGGCUACGUCACCGUCGAAAACGUUGAUUAUAGCGGAAACGGGUACGUUGGUGACAGAAACCGAGCAAUCGGCGGGAUGCUGUGGCAUCUGGAUACCCUGUGCUCGUCGACACGGGAGGCUUCAACAUUGGGCUAUGAACAACGGUUGCUUUUCGACUGGCUCGAACAUGCACCUCGCUCAACUUUGGGUACUGUACCCUCUUGGUGA